AUGACGGAGUUCAACGUUAAUCAACGUCAUCAUCAGGGCGAAGCUUUCAUCAAGAAGAAGAGAGAUAGCAACAACGACGAGGACAACGACGCGGCGUUUCUGACGAACAAGCGCCAAAGGAGCAUGGCUGAUCACCAAGAAGAAGAGCAGCUACAGCCGCCGCAGACUCGCCGGAUGGUCACCGACGGUAUGGGUUGUGUUGGUUUGGUGGAGAGGUUGGCCCAGUCGAGUCAUUUUCUUGCCGUCCCGUCUCUCACGACGACCAACUUGCCCAACCCCACCGACGAGGCUGUCUCGAGAAGCCUGCUGCCCCAGACCUCGCCACCGAAAUUAAUCAACCGCGAAGAGAGUAGCAGCACAGAAAGAAGCAUGAGCGGCAGCACCGCUAGUAGCAGCAGCGUUAGUAGCGCGAGGGAUGACCGCGAGUCAGUUUUCACUCCGAUGACCAACACCGAGGGCGGCGCCGAGAUCGAUUCUCCCGCCCCGCUUCCGAGCAGUUUCAGUCAGAAGAAGGGAGACUCGGUUCAACCCCCCGCUGACAGUAGCGAGCAGAGUUCGUCGAGCGACGAGUGGGUGUGCAGGGCGUUCGGGGAAGAAGCUUGCGAGAACGACAUUGCGCACCGCAUGUGGUCCUUGAGGAGGCGCGGCUUCGACGAGCAUUGCAUGCGAAUAAUGGAUGAGUGUGUGUAUGAGAGUGAUGACGAAGAUUUCAUGGCGUGCCCGGAGGGUCCGUAUAGAAAAAUCGAUAUGGACGCAGCAGUCGACGAACAGCAAGAAGAGGAAGGGGCAGCAGAAAAGUUUGACGGCAUCCACGCGCACGAGCCCCCGCUCCCCGAACCGAUAGUGGUGACGCCUGAAAGACUUCUGUUGUAGGUUUGGCGGUGACCCGAAAUAACAAAAAACGGUUGUCGUUGUUCCCCUCGUCGCUCCUCUCUUCGUAUCCGUGCUCUUUGCAGAGAAGUUUCGUGUCUUACUACUGCUGUACUCUGGAGUACAGCAGUGAUGUUCUGGUGGGGUGUUUUUUUCUUGAUGGGGCAGGCCUGCUUGUGUUAUUUACGAUCGUUCCCGUUUUCGAAAGGUGCGCAUAGAUGCGGCGGUUCGCCACUCUUAGCUGCUGAGGAAAACACCUGGCACCCGCCAGUCAUGGACCGAUACGGGAAUUAAUUGCCUUCAUGUUUAACAGGCAAAUACUGCUGUACAACACCAUUCUUGGCUAAUGUCUCAUUUUGCAAGUGAUUUGUUUCAACGAACGAUGUUUGCGGCGGCACUCUUGAAGAGAGAGAGCCCUCGGGAGGGUGGGAAGAGAGUCGUGUAUCAGUAGGUCCGAAGAUGUCUGCUUGUUUCCAACUGUGUUCUGCUGCUCAAUCUACCGCGCUGGUCUCGCGCCAGCACAUGCACCCCUCCCAGGCUCUCGUUUUUUCUCUGCACCUCGCAGCUUGGAGGGGGAGAGCCAACGUGAGGUUGCUUUGCCGGAGUUCCCACGCCAAACAGGGAGUACGACAGAGCCAGCUUCCACGCUGUUUUU